AUGGCGGACCAACUUCUCGAGCAAGUGCGCGAUGCCGUCGAGGGCCAGAUUGACUUUGAGGGUCAGAGGCUGGCUGAUAUGCUGAACACAGUUCUCCUUGGCGCUGCUGGUAUUCUUGCCUUCAUUGUUGGCUACAUGGCGCAAGACAUCCGCCUCGCCCUCUACAUUGGCCUCGCCGGCACCGCCCUCACCUUCCUUGUCGUUGUACCCCCGUGGCCCUUUUACAACAAGAAUCCCGAAGGCUGGCUACCAAAGUACAACGCCUCAUCGCAAUACAACAUCGACGUCGACGGGGAGAAGGUGGGAUAG